CUAUCAGUAAUUGCUAUCAACGGCUAUCAACUUUAGUAGAUUGAAUGUUUUCGUAAAAUGUGUUGCGAUCGGACUGUGAGAAUUCUAUUUUUUGCUUAUGUCGUGACCAAUUGUGCCAUAAUAUAGUCAGUGAUGGUUUAUUUCAUGUUUAUGUUAUUUUUGGCUACAUCUUUUGCGGAUUCAGAUUUCAAUUACGAUAUUUUAAAUCAGAAACCCUGGCCGGUUUCGGAACCGUGCCAGAAAAUUCCUACUCAGUGUGAAGAAUCCGGUGAUAGCGAAGAUGACUAUUGUUCAAUAUAUAACGAAACCUCUAAUCAAUGGGAGGUGCACGUUGCUGUGGUAUUGCCGAAUUCCAGUAAUUAUAUUGCCAACACAGAAAUGGCAAUAAACAUCCUACAUCAAGUGGAAAAGGAUGUUAAGAAUCUUGGCAUCUUGCCAAAUGAAUUCAACGUUCAUUAUUAUCCACACGAUGAUGGAUGUAACCAAGGUAAAGCUUCAGGAGUAAUUGUGCAAGCUUUACAACAGCAAAAAUGUUUUCAUCUCAUCAUUGGUCCAACAUGUGAUUAUUCAGUAGCAACUGUUGCACGGAUGGCACAAUAUAUAAAAAUUCCUACAUUAACACCUACAGGAUUGAGUUUUGAUUUCACAGACAAAAAAACAGAAUUUGGUGACGAAGUUUAUUUUUUAAUUAAUCCAGGGAAAGCUGAUUUCCGAGCGUUCACAGAAUUUUAUCACCUUAUACAUGAUAGAUAUAAGUGGACAAAAUUAGUUUUCAUGUACCAAAAAAAUGACCAGCAGGAAGUGAGUGGAUCAAAGGCUUGUUAUCUUUGCAUGACUAAUUUAAUGAAUGAAUUGAAAAGUAGCAAAGCAGAUUACGUAGAUGGAGAUCUUGACAAUUUAGGACAGAAUUAUACAGAAUUCUUAACAAACAAAGUGGGAGUAGAUUAUGGAAUUAUAAUAACUUGUGGAUCUCAUAAUAAUGUCAGAGAUAUGAUAAUAGCAGCAGCUAAAUUGAAUAUGAUGAGUAGAGGAGAAUAUACUUUCUUCAAUAUAGAACUAUAUAAUAAUGCUGAUGAACCAUCAAAACCAUGGUACAAAGAAGGAGAUACUGAGGAAAAUAAUGAGUUUGCUCGUAUAGGUUACCAAUCCGUUUAUAGUUUUUUGCCUCUAGCAGAAACUGAUUUUGAAUUAGUGAAAAAAACAGGGAGAGGAAGAAUUUGGCUUGACGGUAUUUACGAUGGAAUGAUGAUGUAUUUUCAAGCUCUCUCUAAUUACACUGAUAAUUUCCCCCUCAUUUCCACUGAUCCAAACGUCAAUAUUGUUGGAUGCAAAAUGCUGGAUAAAAUGAUGGGAAAACCAUUUUUAGGAAGAAAUGGAAAAAUGUUUCAAAUGAAUUGUAAUGGUGUCAGAACACGUGAGGUUGCUCUGGUUCAUAUGAAUUCCUCUGGAGGCUAUGAAAUUGUAGGACUAUAUAACACAUCAUAUAAAUUAAUAACAACUUGGACUGUGGAUGAGACUUUUAAGCAAAUAUUUGAUACUCCAAAAUGUGGAUUUGAUUUAUCAAAAUGUCCUACAUUCGAUGUUGUCAAAAUAUUGGUAGUAACGUUAGUUGUGGUGAUCAUAUUGGGGUUAUUGGUAGUUGCAUUAAUUUUUUAUAGACAAAUCAAAUUAAGACGUGAAAUUGAAGCUAAAGCUUGGAAAGUUAAGCAUAGUGACAUAGUAUUUACUCCAAGUAAAUCGCGGGCUAGCAUCUACUCGUCGACUUCUCUAAAGGCAGAUCUUGAUGGCUUCAGUUUAGCAGGCGACAGACAGACAUAUGCGAUCGUAGGAUUUUACAAAGGAAAUCGCGUAGCGGUGAAAUAUCUUCAAGAACAAAAAAUUGAAUUGACUCAUCAAAAUCUUUAUGAACUCAAAGUGAUGAAGGACUUGGCUCAUGAUAACUUAGUAAAGUUUUACGGUGCGUGUUUGGACAUACCGAAUUGUCUAUUAACUGAAUAUUGCUCUAGAGGCAGUUUGCAGGACACUUUAGAAAAUGAGAACUAUAAACUAGACUGGACGUUCAGAAUCUCUCUAAUAAUGGACUUGGUUAGGGGUAUGCAUUAUUUGCACCGAAGUCCUAUUAAAUGUCAUGGGGCGUUAAAGUCCACGAAUUGUUUAGUUGACAGCAGAUUUGUGCUGAAAAUUGCGGAUUUUGCAUCACCAUUUUUGAGACCUUAUACAAAUGAGGAUAAUUUCAAUGUGGAUGCCCACUCAUAUUGGCAAAGACAACUAUGGACAGCUCCAGAGCUUUUGAGAGAAGGUACGACUUCUUUCAGAGGAACGCAAAAAGCAGAUGUUUACUCUUUUGGAAUCAUUCUUCAUGAGAUCAUUAUGAGGAAAGGUGUGUUCUAUCUAGGCUACGAUAUUGAUGCAAAACAAAUAUUGGAAACCGUGAAAAAAGGUCCGGAGGCUAAUAACGGAGAACCGUUAAGACCAGUUCUAGGUCCAGGAGCUUUAUGCGAAGAAGAUGAAGUGGAACAGCUCAUGCGAAAAUGUUGGGCGGAAGAUUCUAUUGAUCGUCCCGAUUUUGCUACACUUAAAAAUAAGCUACAUCAACUCAACAAACAGGAAAACGGAAAUUUGCUGGACAAUCUCUUAGCGCGUAUGGAGCAGUACGCUAAUAAUCUUGAAACGCUGGUAGAUGAAAGAACAAAUGAUUACUUAGAAGAAAAGAAGAAAUGCGAGCAAGUCCUUUAUCAGCUAUUGCCGAAAAGUGUCGCCGAGCAACUUAUUAGAGGUGAACCUGUUAACGCAGAGUACUUCGAUUCCGUCACUAUAUAUUUCAGUGAUAUUGUGGGAUUUACCCAACUUUCUGCAAGCAGUACCCCUCUUCAAGUCGUUAAUUUGCUCAAUGAUCUAUAUACUUGCUUUGACUCAAUCGUUGGAGGAUUUGAUGUUUACAAGGUGGAAACAAUUGGAGAUGCUUACAUGGUUGUGUCUGGCUUGCCAAAAAGAAACGGCAAUUGUCAUGCCAGAGAAAUUGCACGAAUGUCCCUGGCUUUGUUAAACGAUGUUAGGAAAUUCCAAAUACGUCAUAUCCCUAAUGAACCAUUGAGACUAAGAAUUGGAAUUCAUACAGGACCUUGUGUGGCAGGUGUUGUUGGAUUGAAAAUGCCGCGUUAUUGUCUUUUUGGUGACACUGUGAAUACAGCAUCCCGAAUGGAAUCCAAUGGGGAGUCUCUUAAGAUACAUUGUAGCCAAGUCACUAAGGAUAUUCUGGACACAUUUGGAACUUUUGAAUUGGAAUGCAGAGGUCCUAUCGAUAUAAAGGGUAAAGGUAUAAUGACGACAUAUUGGCUGAAAAGAGAACGCAUUCCAAAAGUAACAACUCAGCCUGGGCCGGCUAUGGAAAAUAAAUCUGCAAAAAUUCCUUCAACGCCCCUUCCUCCUAACGUCAGAAGAGAAAUGGCUAACAAAAUCACAUACGUGUCAAAUUCUCGAAUACCAGAGAACUCUGAUGAUGCUGGGGUACCUCUACUCGCAGUUACAACUUCUAGUGAUACCGACUCCCAUGCUUAAACCUUAUCUAACCCCAAUCAGUGGUAAUCGUUAUCGACAUAAAAUGUAAGAGGUAAGCCAUGUUAGUGAUACCUGUGAAUUAAAUGGCCGUAAAUAUUUUAAAUCGAUAUGGUUACGUUCGGUUCGGAAGAUUUAACAAGAUUUGGCAUAGGGUCUAUUUUAUUUCUAUUUUGUAUUUGUAUUUGUAUAUAUAUAUAUAUAUAUAUAUAUAUAUAUAUAUAUAUAUAUAUAUAUAUACAUAUCUUGAUCUCCUUACCUCAUUAAACAAUUAUAUGAUCAUGCACAGAUAUGACAAUUUCAUUUAAAAGUUGUUUUAUUGGGAUUAAAUACAAUAAUAAAGUUUAUCAUUAUUUCAAUGUUGUUUUUUUAGAAAAGUUCCAGUAUUUGCUGCAACAUAGGUUAAUUUCCUGAUUACUGAUUAUUAAAUGACAAACGGAAUAUGUCGGCAGUUAUUCUCGAAUUUCUUGUUUAUUUUAAAUUUGUUUUUCGAUAAACUUAUAUAGGACAAUAUUAAAUCCAAGAGUAUUCAAAUGUAAUUUCAGCAAAAUAUUGAAGUUACAGUAAGCGAAAUGCAUAAACACGUGUAGCUAUAGGCUAUGGGACGACCUAGAUAUGAAAACCCAACAUAUAUAAGUACAAAAAUCACAGUUAGAAUUAAUCUGUGACUAAAUCAUCUAUAAUUAUUGUUGAUACAAAUAAAAAGGUAUAUAAUAUAGGGUAAGCCCUGAGGAGCAAAAUUUAUUAUGAUUAAAAAAUGAUUAACCUGUUUAUCAGGGUUUGUAGAAAUUAAUCAAAAUUUGCCUCUUCCUUUAGAAAUGGAAUUAUGAUAGUAAUUUGAGCCCAACCAUAAAAUAUCAUCGAAAGAAAACAAAAAUGCUGAUUGUAAGGAGAAAGAAAAUAACACGCGGGAAUUAUAUAUUAUAUAAUUAUAAAAAGCCGGCGCAUUAGGAAACUUUUCGACGGUAUUUUAAACUCUUAUGAAGUAAAUAAUUAAUCGAAAUGGAAAAAUCGAAUGUUAACAAAACAAAAAAGUGACUAUAUAACAUAGAAUAGAAAUAUCCGAUAAGUAACAGAUAGAUAGAAAACGGAAUAAGACGAAAAUAAUGAAAAAAAUGAGUAACAAAAUAUGAAGUAAGGCUUGUAAUUUUAACUAUUCACACACACUUGUAUCCUCGUGGUAAUUAGAUUAUUUAUAUAUGUAGAUACCUCUUCUCCCUGUUCAGUACAAUAGUAAUGAAUUAUUAGAAGGAAUGAUCGAUUUUUGGUCCAAGUAUAAAAAAAUAUUGUACACCAAUCGAUGACUUUUCACUCCAUUUGUCCCAGAUAUCGCGUAAUAUCUUGAACUUGGAGGUGUUCAACUAAUAUGCAUCUAUUGCUAUGUUACUAAUGAUUGAUUUGAGAAAUAUUUUUGAAAUGUAUUACCUCUUAUAACCAUUCUGUUGGAAGUGUACAUAUAUAAUUAAUCCAAUUUCAAAUUAAAUUUAAAUAUAAAUGAAAAAGGUAUGAAGUCACAGAUAAAAUUCUCUUAUAAAUAUAUGCUGGGCAUACACAGGAAAUACUGAUAUGUUUUUCAAAAUCAGGGAGAAUAACUUUUUUGUGAAGAAAUAGGAAAGGAUUUUUUGUUAUCGUCUCAUUAAAAUGUACAAAUCCACUGAAUAACCGAACGUGACUGUAUAAUAGCCAUUUUUAGAGGUACUAACUAUGCAGAUUCCAUCAUAUUCUCAUUUAGUUGCCAUCAUUUUGUAACAAAAAUAUAUAAAGUGACUCAUACGUGAUGAGUUUAAUUGUAACUGUACGUUCAGAAUGCAAUCAUAUUAAUAUAUAUCGGGAAUUAACAAAAAGUGAGUCAGGUAUAUUUUUAAAUGAGUUGAGUUGAGAUAAAAAUAUACAUUUUCGUUAUUGAACCAACAAAUACCCUAAAUAUCCACAUGAACAUGAUAUAGAGGAAUUUAUUAAAAUAAUUAAUACAAACGUUUUACAGUGAUCCGUCAUAAGAUAAAUAUUAUUAUAUUGUUAUAACCUCAAAUUGUCUUUUGUACAGUUCGUCAAUAUAAAUAAUACAUGCGUGAACACCUUCAAAAUAAAAAUACUUGAAGUUGUCACGUUCUCCAAUUAAAUUUAUUAUAUAAUUAUAAAAAUAUUCAUUCAAUAAUACAAAAAAUUUUAUAGAUAUAAAUAGAAAAAAUAUUUAUAUUAUUUAAUAAAAUCAUCCAUUGAAAUUCAACAAAAGCAUCUUGUAGCUGAAAAAAUGCUCAAAUCCAAAAAUAUUUCUACGAGUACAUUUUGAACUUACAGCUGCAAUUUUUAAUCAGUGGUUAGAGCUCACGCUAUAUUGAUUUCAAUAGUACUUGUUAUGAAAUGAUUUAUAUUAUACAAGGGAAUGUUUUGUUCCUCGCAAGGUCAUCCUAAAUAAAUUGUAUUUAUUCAGGAAGGAAUAUUCGGUACCUCAAAAAAUUCACUAAUAUCAGUGUAAUUCACAUUUUGGGGAUACAAAACAAAUUUGUUCAAAUUACUCUCCAGAGAGAAUAAGAUUAAGAAUAUUCGGCACCGAACAAUUUAGUUUAUAAGGAAAGUGUCAUCGUUUUCAAUAAGAGGAAACUAACAAGAUAUAGCCGACUGCCAUUCUUGUUAUUCUAAGUACAAUUCAAAAUAGGAUGCCCUUGUUAUGUGAAUAAAAAUAUCUGAUGAAUUUUGUACUCCAAGAUAUUUUCAAGUAUACAAACUACGCAUAAAGAAGUCUAAAAAAACUUGUAGUGGAUUAUUGUUCACUAAAAAGGUUGAAUAUUUAUUUUAAGAAAAAUUUCACUUCAUACAAACAAAAAAAUUAAAUCGAAUAAAUAAAAAGAAAUAACCUGCAAAUAAAAAGUGUACAAACGCUAGACAUUAAAUGGACAAAAAAAUUAUAAGAAGUGGCAUAUAAUUAACUUAUACAUAGGGUAAGUCCAAGAUUGAUAGCCAUCUUUUUUCUAACGUACAGAUUUUUUUCCUGUAGAAUAUUUAUUGCUAAAGUGAAGAUAUAAUAGUAGAUACUAGUAUAACAUAUUUUCUUCAAUUCUAAUCAAAAACAAAAUAUUAACUUGGAAAAAAAAUUUAAAAUGUUCGGCAUGGCCAAUCUCUCCCUGACCUUUCGCGGGUAAUGAUUGGAAUAAUAAAACUAAUUAGGUAUUCUCGAUGCUAGAGUGUUUUUCUGCUUUUUUGUCCAGUUUUCUACACUUUUGAUAGAAGUUACUGUAGUCGUGCAGUCUUCGUGUAACCACAUGUUAUAGUGUAUGCAUUUAAUUCAGCUUACCUUCCUUUUUCUCUGUAUCCUCCAUCUCCAUCCCCGAAGCUCAAAUAUUUACCAAAAUAAUCGGUUCCCCUUUCGACCUUUUUUGAAAUCUCCAUUUUUCGUCUCCUCAUUGUCCUUUCUUUGCAGUUUUUAUGUGUUCUACCUUUUUUCUUUCUCUUGGGCUUUUCUCUCUAAAAAUGUGCUUUUAACGAUUCAAGAAAGUUUCGUUUCAAAGGCUGAAGAUAAUGUAUAAUAUGAUGGGCAAGCAUAAUGAUGAUGUCAUUAUAUUCUACAAACUCCAACAUUUCGACUGAAUUUACUGAAUGAGAAGCAUGCCCGUCGAGCACUAAUAGAACUUUUCCUUGAGGUUUUAUAGGUAUGAAAUGUUCACACGUCCUCCGAAGAAAACCGCAAUAUUUUUUGCCAUGAUGGGUCCUGGUAGCAGGCCAUCCUCCCUCUCUUUUGUUUUUUUAUUUUUUCACUUCAUUACAACCGCAGGCGGUAAAACGUUACCCCAGCAUUGCAGCAAACUACCAAAUUGACUGUGGAUUUUUCGGUGGAUCAUACCGUCGACACAGCUUUGGAACCCUUUUUGGCAAGCACUUAGCCUGGUCUACUGUUGAGUUAGAAACCCAUUUCAUCGAUAUUAAAUACGCUUUCGGGUUUAUCAAAUAAAGAAUUUUGUGCCAUAGCCGUUUCAAAUAAAUCAAAAUAGUCCCCCACUUCCUUUCAUUCAUAGCCGUUUCUCUAGCUAUGGAGACACCUUCUGAUUUACGAAUACUAAAUUCUGGAUGUAGGCAUGAUAACAAAAUAAGCCAAUCAUAAACCGUUUUUCGAAUUCCAUUAUUAAACUUGUAUUUAAUUCUUAGCUGUUCUGCGAAUUGAUAAGCGUUGGUCCUCAUGUCGCAUCUGGUUAAUGGAGAAAUACCUUUUUGUAUAGACAGAACAGGUAUAUCUUCAUUAUCUCUUCCAAAGACGCUGCUGGGGCCCAUGCUUCCCUUUUGAGAACUUCCGGUUUUUAUUAUGAUCUAAGUUUUUAUGAGGUAUAUUAAAUUCGAUAGAGGCUUUCGAUUCGAUACAGAUGAUUGCCUGUGACCACGUACCACGUGUUCGCACAGAUUUGUUUAUAUACUUGUUUGGCAUCUGCAAGUAAAAUCAUAUAUUAAUGAGCUUACAGUUCCAAAAAUCCAAUAUUUAUUUAGAGGGAAACUAUGACUAUCUUCCCCCUAAAAAGAGUAAUUUCUUCUAAAUUUUGAGAAUACUUCACAUAAAAUAUUUUUCUCGUUGUGGAAUCACACAAAAUUUGAUUACUCACCUUACCACCACGCGCCAACACCUUCUACUAACAAACGAGGUUGAAAAGUCCGUACUAUGGCCUACUCUCUCCUAUGGCAAUCUAUCCUGAACUUAGCCUAGAUGUAAACGAAAAAGAAGAAAAUAAAGCGGCAAGCUGUGCCUGAGGAAUAAGAAUACCCAAAUUCAAAACAACAAGAAAAGAUAAUUGGAUUUUUAUAAACCAUUGGUGAUAUUCAUACUGAACACAGUGUUCACACUACCAGUAUACUUUCGAUAACCAUGUUUUGUCUUCAGAGAGUGAAACCUUUUCUUGAAACCGAGAAAUUUCACAAAUAAACUAGGAAGUGGGCUGUAGGAAAGAGGCCGUUUGUCUAUAUUGAUACUGUUAUCAUAUUUAACAAUCUUAAUGCUUUCAAAUGCAUCCAAAAAUUGAUUGCUAGAUAUAUUUCACCACAAUUUUACAUUAUUCAUUUCUAUUUCAUGAUCAUGACUGGCACCGUGCUCCGAAAUAACCUAAUUGUCGGUCGGUCCAGAUUUUGAGUAGGCUACGUGCUCUUUUAGCUAGACAUUAACGGACCCCUUAGUCUGCCUAAAAUACUAAAAGGUUAAAGUACAAGAUUUGGAAAGUGUGGUAUUUAUGAAAUUAACUGUUAUGAUUGUGACAGAAAGUAUGUGAGGCAUCAUGAAAUAAAUAUUUUUGGAUUUGUUUAAAAGUAUAGAGAUUGUUAAAUGGAAGAGCAGUUUAAAUAAAGGUUCUAUUCCUUACAGCCACUCCAUAGUUUAUAAGUGAAGGAAUAAAUGUGAAAUUUUCGCCGACUGGAAUUGUUUUUCACGGGAGGAAAUUCAUUGGUGGUAAAAUUUAGUAUAAAUGAGUAGAUGAAGUUAAUAGUGCAAGCGGGACUGUUGGUGUAGUGGUAGUAUAAAUAGUUUAUUUAGAAAGAUAGAUAUACAAGAAUUGAAAUAGGAUAUGACAAAGUAAAAAACAAUAAGAAUGAAUAAAAUAAUGAGAAAGAUCAAACCAUGAAUGAUGACUUUUAAUUUGGCAUAAAGGAUUUGUUGUUAUUUAUAAAGUUUUGCCAAUACAAGCUAAUCUAUCAAAAAUAUGAUUGUCGUAAUCCAUUUAUUUUUAUGAACUUUAAUAAAAAUAUUAUAAUUAGAAGAAAUGCCCGUAUCUUGUGUUGCCAUAUUUCUUUGUGUCUCAAAAUUUAUGUUCUUGCGUGUAAUAUUUGUAGUUGUAAUAUUUCUAACAUAACAACAACACGGUUAUUUUUAAUAUACGCAAAUAAUGUAACUCAAUUUUAAAGCUAAUAUUGAUUAUCUCAAUAAUUAUACGUAGUUUGUCUAAUAUUGAAAAAGGAUUAUUACCAAAGCAUUUAUGGAAUAUAAACAAACCGAAGACAUGUGUACCGAUCAGAUGAAAAUCGAGCUUAGAUUUUUAUUUUCGGAAAAACUAUUUAGAGUAGAUAAUUUAUUUGAACCCCUAGUCUAUUGACUUGUUAUUCCAAUGUUGACUAAAAAUAAUGAAGCUUAGUAGAUUUAUGUAUAGAUAAAUAUGGAUGUUAAGCCUCACAUACAUGAAACCUUGCGACAGGUGUAGACUUACCAUAAACCAAUUAUAAAAUCAUGCUUUUAUUGACAUCCAAGGACCAAUGGUUAGUUUAUUAAUUUGUUAGGUCUACCCCUUCUAUGGUUUUUUAUUCACGACAAAGAUAUCUAAGAUUGUUUCUAAAUUAUUAUUUUUAAUAUUAGAGAUAUAUUUUUUUCAAUUGUUUAUUUAACUUGGAAUACAUUGAAUAGAUUUAUAGAGCUAAAAA